UGCCCUACCAUCUCCACAUAGUGUUGUCAUGUCACUUAGUGUGUCCCCUCCUGCUCUCCUCUGGCUGGAAGAUGUGUGCAUACUGAUGUUUCUAAGGACACGCAGACUGGUACUUCAGGUUGGGAUUUUGAUAUGUGCUGUACUGUUGCUCCUUUGGGUGUCCGUAUUUCUGUAUGGCAGCUUCUACUACUCGUAUAUGCCGACAGUGAGAUACUCCAGCCCUGUGCAUUACCAGUACAGCUCCUCUUGUGACUCCCCAGCUGGAAUACUUUGCUCAUUCCCCACAGCCAAUGUGUCUCUACUCAGAAAUAAUCGUGAUCGGGUACUAAUACAUGGACAGCCAUACCGCAUAUCAAUAGAGCUUAGACUCCCAGAAUCAUCAGUUAAUCGUGAUGUUGGGAUGUUCAUGGUUUCAAUGUCCUGCUACACUCGAGGAGGGCAACAGAUUUCCUACACAGCUCGAUCAGCAAUCCUCCACUAUAAAUCUCCUCUCCUGCAAACAUUGGAGACCUUUACGUCCCUGCCUUUUCUGCUUCUCGGGUUAUCUGAACAGCAGCAGUUUCUUGAGGUGGAACUGUACUCAGAAUAUCGAGAAGACUCGUAUGUUCCUACUAUAGGUGCUGUGAUACAGAUCCAGAGUGUCAGGAUACAGAUCUAUGAAGCUGAGCUCCGAGUGCAUGCACAUUUUACUGGACUGAGGUAUCUUCUGUAUAAUUUUCCCAUCAUCUCUGCUUUGAUUGGCGUUUCAAGCAAUUUUGUCUUCAUGAGUGUUGUGCUUGUGCUCAGCUACUUGCAGUGGGGUCGAAGCAGUACACGAGGGCUGGUUGAAGGGCAAAGUACAGGCAGCAUGGAAAGAACAGAAAUGGAAGGAAGUAUCCAACCUGGGGACAGUGACUUGCCUGCCGCUGAGAGUAUUGGCCGAAGUGAAAGGGAUACAGAAGACUCUUCAACCAGUUCUGAGAAUCUGUUGAAUUUGUAGAUCAAGUUCCUUCGUCUUUUUCUGACAGUGAAAACCAUGAUCAUGUCAAAGCUGAGCUGAACACAAAGAUGCCUGUGCUUCAAGACUCAAACUAGCACACUGAACGAGAACACUUUUUGAACACUGUUAUGCAUAGAGCUCUAGCAUUGCAGUGCACAAGAUGGAAGCUAGAGCCCAUGCUGCAGCAGCUAAAAACAAGAAAAGUCCUGGAAGUACUGUUUGAAGAGGGACCAAAACAGUGGUACCUGGAAUGAAAGGUUUCAGUUGUACAGGGCACAUUGUAUUCAAGUCUUACUUAUGUAAGGCUCUGGUGUAUAUAACUAAUGUUGAGGAGUGAAUAUUAAACGAUUUGCGACACAGAUUAAGAUAUGCAAUAUGUUUUUUUAAUUUGUGUAUAUAACUGUAUACCACUGUUUGUUUAUACAUUAUAUCCCUUAUAUGACAUUCAUUCUACAAGUACUUGUUUUCAAAUAUUUCCACCCCAUUUUCAACAUACUGAUAUUUUUUUGGAAACAAUUUUAAAUUGGUGCUUUAAAUGUAAAAAUGUACUUUCAGAUACCAUGUUUUUUCCUUCUUUGGAAAUUUGGUGUAUAGCAUAUUUGUGAGAACUGGCAAACGAAACGGAAUCUCUAGAUUUAAAUGAAUAUUAAACAUAUAGAUCUGGUUCCCACUAGCCAUUCCAAAAGCGCAAAAGCCUGCUAAACAGUUUUAACAUGUGCAAAAUAGCAUCAUUGUGCUUUUUCAUGUGUUCUGUUAGUCAAUGUUUUUGGGGUGAAGCCCAUUUUAUGUGUUUUCCUGUUUAUCUUCAUGUGGGUUUUUUUCUUUUUUACACGUUAGCGACAGGUAUAUUUGAGGACUGAUAUUAAGAAAUUCUGAUCUAGAAUGUCAACCCAGUGACAGCACAGGCCGCCACACAAGGUGUCUGAAAUGUUUCAGAAAAGAUGAGUUUCACUAGCUUGGAUUACAUCAUUUAGUAAGUGUCCGUAGCCUGCAUCAGUAUUACAUGUGUUCAUGUUUGAAAUAAAGUUCUAACCCAUCCUUUACUCUUUCAA